ACCUCCGGCCAGCCAAUGAGCGGCGAGGUUGCCGUGUCACGUGAUAGAAUACAAUGGCGGCGCCCUAGAGCCCAGCGCUUCAAUUUUGAUGUGUUCAGAUUUUUUUUUUUUACAGUAAAAUAAAGUGCGGUUUAUUAUUUAUUCAUUUCUAGUUUCGUUGGAUUUGUAGCGGAUCAUGACUCGGUUCCUGAGCCUCGGCUGUUCGCUGUGCCGCGCUGCUCGGCGGAGUGUGUGGUCCAGUCACAGUGUGGAGGGAAGAGUGGGAGUCGAGUUAGAGGGAAGAAAACUCGAGAUAUCGACGGGGAAACUCGCCAGAUUCGCAGAUGGAUGUUCUGUAGUACAGCUGGGAGAGACGUCAGUGAUGGUCACCGCCGUCAGCAAGACCAAACCUUCACCAUCACAGUUCAUGCCUCUGGUGGUGGAUUACAGACAGAAGGCAGCGGCCGCCGGACGAAUCCCCACCAACUACCUGAGGAGGGAACUGGGAACCAGUGACACGGAGAUCCUCACCAGCAGACUCAUAGAUCGUUCCAUCAGGCCGCUGUUUCCUGCUGGAUAUUUCUACGACACUCAGGUCCUGUGCAACAUUUUAGCCGCCGACGGUGUGAACGACCCCGACGUCCUCGCCAUCAACGGAGCAUCUGCUGCUCUCGCCAUCUCCGAUAUUCCCUGGAACGGACCUGUCGGUGCCGUUCGUAUCGGCCUGAUCGACGGAGAGUUUGUGGUGAACCCGACCCGGAAGGAGAUGAGCUCCACCACGCUGAACCUUGUGGUAACAGGAGCUCCUUCCAGCCAAGUGGUGAUGAUGGAAGCUGCAGCCGAGAACGUCCUCCAGCAGGACUUCUGUCACGCUGUUAAACUGGGAGUCAAGCACACGCAGCAGAUCAUCCAGGCCAUCCAGCAGCUAGCCCGAGAACUCAAGGUGGUGAAGCGAACGCCCCAGAAGCUCUUCAGCGCCUCGCCCGAGAUGGUCGAGUACACUCAACAGCUGGCCAGUGAGAAGAUCUACGCAGUCUUUACAGACUUCUCACACGAUAAGAUCUCCAGAGACGAAGCUGUGAACAAAAUCCGACUAGACACAGAGGAGCAAGUUAAAGAGAAAUUUCCUCAGGCCGAACCGUUUGAAGUGAUCGAGGCCUUCAACGUGGUUUCGAAAGAUGUUUUUCGGAAUCUGGUGCUCACUGAGUACAAAAGGUGCGAUGGACGCGACCUAACGUCCUUACGAGACAUUUCCUGUGAAGUGGACAUCUUUAAACCUCUACACGGAUCUGCGCUCUUCCAGAGAGGACAAACUCAGGUGCUUUGCAGUGUGACUUUCGACUCCAUAGAGUCCAGCGUGAAAACCGACAUCAUAACCACGGCUCUGAGUGGGAUCAAAGACAAGAAUUUCAUGCUCCACUAUGAGUUUCCUCCAUAUGCAACAAAUGAAAUCGGGAAAAUGGGUGGACUGAACAGACGAGAACUCGGUCAUGGUGCUCUAGCUGAAAAAGCCCUGAGGCCCGUCAUUCCUAAAGACUUCCCUUUUACAAUCCGAGUCACCUCCGAGGUGCUGGAGUCCAACGGCUCAUCAUCGAUGGCAUCAGCGUGUGGAGGCAGUUUGGCUUUAAUGGAUGCCGGUGUGCCGAUCUCCUCAGCAGUAGCCGGCGUGGCUGUGGGUCUCAUUUCCAAACCAAACCCUGAGAAACUCUCUGAAAUCCAGGACUACAGAAUUCUGACCGAUAUUUUAGGGAUUGAAGACUAUAACGGAGACAUGGACUUUAAAAUGGCCGGAACAAAUAAAGGCAUCACUGCUUUACAGGCUGAUAUUAAGAUACCAGGACUUCCUCUGAAGAUUGUGAUGGAGGCCAUCCAGCAGGCAACAGUGGCUAAGAAAGAGAUUUUAGGGAUCAUGAAUAAAACCAUUUCAAAGCCCAGAAGCUCGAGGAAGGAGAACGGCCCUGUUGUUGAAAACAUUCGUGUGCCGAUCUCCAGAAGAACUCGAUUUGUUGGUCCUGGAGGAUACAACCUCCGCCGACUACAGGCUCAAACAGGCGUGACUAUAAACCAGGUGGACGAGGAGACGUUCUCAGUGUUCGCUCCGACUCCACACGCGAUGCAUGAAGCUCAGGAGAUCAUCUCCGACAUCUGCAAAGACGACCAGGAACAGCAGCUCGAGUUCGGAGCCGUUUACACGGCAACCAUCACAGAAAUCAGAGACAGUGGCGUGAUGGUGAAGCUUUAUCCCAACAUGAGCGCCGUGCUGUUACACAACUCGCAGCUCGAUCAUAAACGGAUCAAACAUCCCACUGCACUCGGACUGGAGGUCGGUCAGCAGAUCCAGGUGAAAUAUUUCGGCCGCGACCCCACGGACGGCAGGAUGAGGUUGUCACGGAAAGUUCUCCAGUCUCCCGCAGCCACGGUUGUGAAGACUCUGAGCGAGAGGCAGAGCAUCACCAUGGGAACGGCGGACACACCGACGUCCUCCUGACCUCGGCAACGCGCUUCGGACUCAAUUGCUCGUUAGUUUUGACGCAAAUGAUGCGUCGUGUGCGUUGGCGAAUCAGGAGGGAGGAAACUGCUGCUUUGCUGUGGAGGGAUUCCGUGAAAUCUGCACCGUUUAAAGUAUAUAUAUAUAAAAAUGUACUGAAAGUGUACGUUAUAAAAUAAAAUUAUAAAAUUGUA